CAACCUUUAUUCAAAAACCUUUCUUCCAUUUCUCAACCUAAAUUUUUCAGAGGCUAUGGAGGUUGCAAAGACCAGAAGAAAGAAAACUAGUCGAAAUGUAGGACAUCAUGAUCUUGUUGGACCCAAGAGGAAUCAAUACCACUACGUGAAGUCAAUAGAAGAGAAUGAGAAGAUGGUAGAAGAAAUGCAACAACAAAUGCUUCAAAUCGACAAAGAACUCAGAGAGAAAACGAUUGUUCUUGAACAGUACAUAUCAGGACUAGAAUACAACUUGAAUCAUAGAUGGAGACCAAUUGAGGAUUACGAGCCGGUGGUGAAUUUUGGAUCAAAUUUCCCCGAUAAAAUGGUGCUCGACAAACUAACUUUUGCUAACAACGCAUAUCGUGAUAAGAAGGCUGUUGUAUCAUUUUCGUCUGGGGAACGAGAAAUUAAUAUCCAUAAUCUAAACCAUCAGAUGUUACACAAGGCGCAUUGCAUGGAAGGUGAGAGACGCCUUCUUAAGAUGCUGAAUCCAAAUAAGGAUAUCGACUCUGGUUUUUCGCUUGCACAAGUUGAAGUACAAGUUAAGUGUAUUUUAUACCUUAUGUAACCUUUUUUAAAAAAAUCUGAUUUUCUAUAUAUCAGAUUUGUGAAUAAAACUUGAAAGUGCUGUUGUGAUUGAUGUAUUU